AUGGAUCUAUCAAAGAUCUCAGGGCUUGGGUUCGUGGGAUUGGGGGCCAUGGGACUACCCAUGGCCGGCCACCUUGCUGCAAAGCUCCCGGAAAACAUCACCGUCUAUGUCUUUGACAUCAACCCGUCCAGUGUGGAGCGUCUACGCAGCGAAUACCCAAAUAGGGUGGUCAGAUGUUCCAGCGCAAAGGAUGUGGCCGACCAAUCAGAAAUUGUCCUGACCAUGCUCCCGGAAGGGAAACAUGUACGAUCGGUAUACAUGGAAGGGGGAUCUGACGCUCUCUGCUCCAGCGACGUUUCCGGCAAACUACUCAUUGACUGUUCAACUAUCGACACCGCCAGCAGUCUUACGGUCAAGGAUUACAUCCACCAGAAAUUCCCCACGGCAUCCUUUUACGACGCCCCCGUGAGCGGGGGUGUAGUAGGGGCCCAGAAAGGCACGAUAGCUUUCUUCCUCGGCUGUGACGGGAGUGAUGCAAAUCUUCCUCAUGUCACCCAGCUAUUGGGACUGAUGGGAAAAGAUGUUAUUCCAUGUGGUGGACCGUCAAAGGGUUUGGCGGCGAAGCUGUCCAACAAUUACUUAUCCGGGAUAAUCACCAUCGCGGUAGCGGAAGCCAUGGAUAUGGGCAUGAGAUCGGGGCUAGAUCCUCGAGUCCUGGCCAAAGUCUACGCGGCCGGCACAGCGCAGAACGCCAUCUGUGACAGAUUCUGUCCCGUGCCGGGUGUGUACCCUGAGGCACCGUCUUCGAAAGGCUACACCAACGGCUUCAAAGUGCAAUUGAUGCGCAAGGAUUUCUCUUUGGCAUUAGAAAUGGCAAAACGCGUGGGGGCGAACAAUGUGAUGGGCGAGGUGGGAUUACAGACGUAUGACGGUGCGAGUAAAGAUCCUCGAUGUAGGGAUUUAGACUCCAGAGUCGUGUACAGGUAUCUGGGAGGGAAUGAGGAUUGGCAGAAGGACGUGGACGAGGCGAACGGCCAGUAA